AUGGCGACCUAUCGCCGAUUUCGUCUUACCUUCUUGGUCGCCCUUCUUUACGCAUUUCUUGUCAACGGCAGCUCUGAAAAGGAUGGUCCUAGCUUUCCGGGCGAAGCGCGCCUGAUUGGAGAGUGGACUGCUUUUGAGGGGCGAAUCGUGUCGGUUCCAGAGGGAUCCCCUCAGUUGAGUGCGGGGUCUGUGAAGGUGGAGCUGGGAAAAGAAGGGGCCAAACUGAGGGGAGCCUUCGCCUGCUUGACCCCAGGCACCGCCUACGUCUUUUCACUCCGUUUGAAGACGGACAAGCCGGUCGAUCUUGUCCUGUCGGUCGAGUCAGUCCCCAUCUUCGCAUCGGCGGUGGAUAACGAUACCGCUAACGUUGGUCGAUUUGUCGCCCAUACAUCGACCGAGACCCUCGAGAUCGCCUUAUAUGGAUCGGAGGAAGGAUAUUGUGUCUACCUUGAGGAGAUUAGCGUCUUCCCAGUCUGCGCCAUUCAGGCGCCCAACCCGUGCUUCAACUACGACGGCCAGAACAUGACUUGCUGCCCCAGCGGCUGCGGCCCGAACGACGGACCGCUGGCCACGUGCGCGGACCCAGACCCUCCCCCGGUCACCCCCUCCCCGACCGCUGCGGCUCCCGAGGAGCACGUUCCCCCGCCGCCGGCCGAUUACCGGUGGGUUGUUAACCGGGCUCUAACCGACGAGUUUAACGGCGACUCGCUCGACCGGAGCAAGUGGCAGCCCAUCAUUCCGUACUACUCGGGCCGGCUGCCCAGCCAGUACAGCACCGCGAACGUGGCGGUGGGCGGGGGUUACGCCAGGCUGACGUCAACGACGGCUGUGACGAACGUCAACCAGGUGGCUGACCCCUACAACGACCCGUGGAUCAGCGCCGCCGCGCUCGCGAGCAACAGCCCGAUCGCCAGUCUCGGCUUCUACGAGACGCGUAUGAAGGCCUCCAACCUGCUGAUGCCGUCAUCGUUCUGGUUCCAGUCCGUGCACACCGAGACUGACGUCACCGAAACUAUUGGCAAUUCAGCCAACUUCCGCAGCCGCUACAUGCCGAUCAACACGCACUACUAUCCGACAGGCAGAGGCCCCAGCCAAACGGGCGACCUGACCACGCCGUACUUCUACCGCCUGCCGACCGGUACGAUCACCUCCGACUUCCACGUGUACGGCUUCUGGUGGCAGAGCCCCACAAAGCUGCAGUUCUACUUCGACGGCCAGCUGGCAGCCACAAUUACUCCCAAGGCGCCGUUCACCGAGGCCUCGUACCUGUUUUUCGACACCGAAGUUUUCAAGCAGUACGGCCUGCCUGACGUGGCCUCUCUGAAGGACCCAAGCAUGAACGUGUUCCUGGUGGAUUAUGUGCGCGCGUAUGCCCUGGUGCCCGCCAAGAAGUAG